AUGCCCAUUUCAAUUUUGAAUCCUGGUGGUGAUACCUUGCUUAGUCGGCAUGAAUUGGUCUCCCUUCCUUACUGCCAUUUUCGUUCCUUCUACCAACAAACCCAGAUCCGGAAAAAAUUCAUGGUUUGUGCUAAAAACAAGAGAAGACAACAUGGGUCGGCGACAAGAUCACGAAAGUUGGUCGAAUCCGCGUUUUACAUUGCCUCAAAGCUCCAGAUUCUUCCAGCGCCGGUGGAUUUUUUCAUCCAAGAAUUCGGCAUUGGAGGAGGAGGAGGUGGUGGAAAUCGAGGUGGGUUUUCUGGAUUCCGGAAAGGGUUCGGUUGGGGAGGCUUUGAUGGUUGGUGGAGGUCGAGGCGGAGCAAGAGGAAACUCAAUUUUUUGGCCGUUCUGUUAGUUUCUGGGAUUGGGUUGUGGUUCGUUUUGGGUAAAAGAUUGAACGCCGGCGAUGCUUUCUUGGGGGGAUUUGGUGGUUUGGUGUUGUUGGGACUUUCAAUCCAUGGAUGGCGAAGAGGGGUAAAAGACUGGAUUGUUGGAUUUUGUUGCUGUGCUUUUCUGUAUACUGUUGUACAAGUGGACACCUCUUGCUGCAAAGAAUGUCCCAGAGCGCUGCAUGAUGCACUGCUAAAAUUGGGUGUUGAGGAGGUGGAAUUUUCUCAAGGAAAUGAGGAAGUAUGUAUUAGCGGUACCGUAGACCCCUUUAUAAUAGUUAAGGAAAUUGCCAAGAUGAAUAAACCUGCAGAGCUCGUCUUCUAUGCUAAAUAUCCCAUGCCUGAAGAUCGUACCAGGAAUGCUAAGGGUCCAGAAGAAAAGAGUCACCCUAGAGAUGAGCAUAAGCAGAACACUAGAGACAAAUGUAAGGAAAAAUGCCAUUGCAGUCCACAAGAUCGUGAUACCAGGGAUACGGAAGAUGGUCGUUUCAAGGGUGAUAAUGGUUAUCGUCGAAGAGGAAAUUGUAAAAAUUGUCCUGAUCAUCACGAUUCGGAUGAUGAGACCAGCGAUCAUUAUCGUACCCGAAAUGUUAGAGAAAAAGAUCAGAGAAGAUUCUCUCGUUGUCACAAUUAUGCUAGAGGGAGUAAUAAUGGUCCAAAAAAACAUUCUCAGAGUCGUAAUUAUGAUCGCCGUGAUGAAUCCAGUGAAGACGAGAAGACACCAAAACCGUUCUUUGAUCCAGAUGCCGAUAUGUUCAAGGGUUUCAGGGAUAGGCAAAGGAGUGGAUCUUGUGAUCAGAACGACAUGCCUUCAAUGGACGGGAACCAUUUUCGGUCAAGGAGUGGCAUGUAUGAGCAUUUUCCCAAUUUUGGUAUGACACCUCCAUACCCGUUUGAUCCAACAAUAGGACCUGAGCCGUUUGUUCCAAGAAUGCCUCCACACCAGCAAUAUGGUCCAACUAUGCCUCAUUCAUAUGAGCAGGAAUAUGAUCCUAGUAUGAGACCUCCAUGGCCUCCUCGGGCAUCUCCUUAUUAUUCUGACUUCUAUCCAGGAAAUUCCAAUUCUUGCUCGAUAAUGUAA